AUGGCGUCCAGCCCUUCCUUGAUCUUCGCAAAUGCUGUGAUCGUGGCCAUGUGGGGACCAUCAGCCGCAGCGCUGACGCCGUGCCUUGCGAGCCACCGCAACGUGCUAGCUAGCGCCCACUCCCCAGCUAUGGUGCCGUUGUGGCCACGCCCUUCGGGGCCAUGGCCGGCUCCUUCUCACGCAUGCUCCACGCCGGGUGUGGACGACUUGGAAGGCACAAGCCAACGCUGUCGUCGCGGCGAGGCACCAGAGAGCAGCUGCUGUAACGAUUCGCACCCGUGUGUUGCGGAGCGACGACGGUACAGCGUGCACCCACUCCAGUGCGAGGCCGAACCACCGUCAUCGGGAGUAGUGGCCCUGCGUCUCGUCGUGUGCCUGGUACCUUGUGCAGCGGGCGGCAGCACCAGCUUCCGUCCGUGAACGACCGCAAUAUGUGUACCCGCGGUCUGUUCGAUAUGUUUCGCCGGAAUCGCCGAUUCCUUUGGUUUUUUCUCAGCGGCGGCGUAUUUGGGUAGACCCAAACUACGAAAUAGAAAAUACAAAUCCGAUUCAUUGGCGAUUUUUGAUUGUGCACUUUUUUCGGCAAGACCCACCCUACGGCACCAAUCAACGGGGCGGGAGGGGGGCGGGAGGAAACGGCGCGGGAAGAAAGCAAGCAAGAGACCGACCGCGUGACGUGACAUGUUGCGGUUGAAUUUCAGCGACUAGUUUUUCUGUUGCCCGCUCCCCCGUUUGCUGUCGCGUUCAGACUGUCUCUACGGAUAUCCCUGUCUCUGUGCGAGAUUGUUUAUGUCCUCGUCUGCCUUUGGUUUAUUUCGUUUUUGUUUUGUUUUUUUACUGGCACGUACUGUUGACCCUUGGGGUCCUUCCGGAAGGCUACCCCCCAGGCUGGUGGUGCGCGCGUUCCACUAUUUUCUAUUUAUUUGUUUCUGAUUCUUUUGUUUUCUUGUAUUUUAUCGCUCUGCUCACCCUUCCUUGGGGUCCAUUUUCUUUUGGUAUACCACGGAAAUUGACCGAGUCAAGUGCUGGAUUAGUACGGAGAGAUUGAGACAGAAGGAGGUACUGGAUAGAGANCACUAUUUUCUAUUUAUUUGUUUCUGAUUCUUUUGUUUUCUUGUAUUUUAUCGCUCUGCUCACCCUUCCUUGGGGUCCAUUUUCUUUUGGUAUACCACGGAAAUUGACCGAGUCAAGUGCUGGAUUAGUACGGAGAGAUUGAGACAGAAGGAGUUACUGGAUAGAGAGACCGGGAUGGUUUUUAAUGUGAAGACAACAACAACAACAACCCUGAUACGCUACCCCAAAGGGUCAAAUAAGUUUUUUGUAAAUCCAAAAAAACGGCGGGAAACACCUGCUGCCCGUGAAAUUCAGAAAUCUAUAGGUUUGAAAAACGAGUGAUGUACUGCUGUAGCCUUCUUUCCAUCUUCCAUGAUUUUUUCAUCAAUAUAUUUUUUUCUCCUUAAAUUCCUAAAACCAGCAAGCUGUCAAUAGACACUGCGCCGUGUCCCCUGUGAAGGUUACAUCUUACUACAGUACACGACACUACGGAGGGAUUCUCCC